UGCACAAUGUAUGAUAAUAGCAUGGAAUGUCUGAAGUUGCAGUAUAUUAUAUUAAUUUAUGUUUAAAUAUGGCAUCAUAAUAUGAUAUCAAUAUGAAUUCACAUAACAGAAGAUAAUAUUGAGUUUAAUUACAGAAGUAAUUAUAUAAUAAUUUUGCACUAAAAGUAUGAUUAGGACAUACUGGUUGGCGUGUGAGGUUUUAUGAGAUAUGGGAUUAAAACCAAGACGUGCUACCAUGCUUUUCCUGUGUUACAGAAAGCUAUCGAAUUUUGAUUAUGUAUUACAGCCUGAUGUUGUGAUGAUGUCGGUUUGUUGGAGUUUACGUUAAAUUGAUACAAAUGAAAUAAAACAUGAAUUUUAAUAUAUUUUAUCAAACAGGGUGGAAAUUACACAGGAUGUGAUGAUUCAAAACUAUUUUAAAAUUUAAGGUGGUCAUAGACAAGUAAGAUUCAUAGCAAAAAUAGGCACAAAGCCAUAAACUCAUUAGGAAAGAAAUGAGUUUGCUUGUUUCAGGCAUUGUGCUUCUUUUUGCUCUGAAUCUGACUAGUCUAUGAUAACUUGAAAUUUUAAAAUAGUUUCAAAUUGUCACAUCCUGUAUAAUUUCCUCCUUGUGUGAUAAAAUGUAAUAAAUUUAAUUUUUAGUUCCAUUUGUAUACACGUGUGCGCGUGCACGCACCAGCGCGUGCGCCCACACACACACACACACACACACACACACACACACACAGGACCAAAUUAAGCAACGAAUUUCACUUGUUAUUAGAAAAUGCAUUAGCAUGGUGUUCAGAUGCAAUGUGCUGACUUGAUGUCCACCAUGCUGCUAAACACCUAGAAAUGGUGUGGCCUGUGUAUACAGUAUGUGUGCCUAAACAUAGUCCUCUACCACAACAGCAUGUCCCAGUGGCAAUUUUCAGCUACAGCCAUACAUGAACUACACAGUACAUACGAGUUCUCAUAAUGGGUGAAUGUAAACUAGCUACUUUAGCUUCAGUAGUGAUUCCUGAUAAUGAGAGGAGAAAAAACGAAGAAGACUGGACACAACAGUGGAUUAAAUUGUGCAGUGCUCGGACAGGAACAUCGAAUAUGCAGUACAGUAAGCUGAGGUUUGAAGAUCCAGAUUCAUUUCUGAAUUUUACACGAAUAGAUACGGAAGUUUUCAUGAAAUUACUCCGUAUUAUAGAAAACGAUGUCUGUAGGCAAGAUGUGAACAUGAGGGAGUCGAUGAAACAAAGAGAUAGGUUUCAGCCUCAGUUAGUGAGUGGGUAAACAUUGCCCAUUCAUUUAAUGUGUUUUUGCAGUUCCCUCAUUGCAUUGGUGUUAUUCAUGGGAAAAAAGUGACUUUCAGGGCACCGAGGUCAGAAGGUGCCUGUUUCAGAUAUUAUAAAGGGAACAACAGCAUUAUGCUGCUUGCAAUUUAUAUAUUGGCAGAAGCAUAGAAUUGUAACAAACUGAAUUUGCCAGCACCAGAGAAGACUGAGUGUUUUAGUGUUUCAGAACUGCCAUAUGAACUGUCACUGAUGAUGUGUUUGUAUUGGAAGAGUACAUGAUGAAGUAUCAUGAAAGAGAUAUCUUAAAAGAGAAGAGCGUUUUCAGUUAGAGACUGACCAGGGCUCUGCAACAGGAGAGUGUGGAUGUGAGGAGACUGAACUCUGGGAAACUACACCACCUUCUACAAGGCAGAUGUUCAAACAAUGUUAACUUGUAAUGAAAGCCCAUUGCUGGUUGUG